ACACAAUCUUGACGCCCCAUUUAUCUGGUUAAUUAAUACUCUCUACCCGUCACUCAGGUAUCAGCCAGUCAGUCAGUCAGCCCCCAUAGUCCUCCCAGUCUCUAUAUGUUUUUAUUUGUAUUGCCUCCACCCUCCACUUUUCACCUGCAGCACCUCCUCUACACUGUCAUCUGGUCUUCUCUAUUACCCGGCGCAGUGUCAAGACAGAGCUGUGUGAGGUGACUUCACCUCUCUCUCUGUCUCUCUCUCUGUCUUUCUCCCUCCCUCCUGUCUGUCUAUCUGUAGUGUGGUUGAAUGCAUUUGAAUGACAAAGCAUCAAUCCCAAUAUUGAAUCUCUGUCUCUCUCUCCUCUGCAGGCUGAUGUGAGGGGACCCUGAUGAGGACAGGCCAUGAUGAGGACAGGCCAUGGUGAGGACAGGCCAUGGUGAGAAGGUGUGACUCGGGACCCAGCGCUGGGGAGGGCACCUGGAACAUUGAUGGAUACUGGAUAUAGAGGUCAGAUGGUGUUCUGAACGAGCCAUGGGUAGCUACUGUAGCUGUCCUGACAAAGACUUCCCUGAUAAGCAUCAGAGCAAAUUCAAGGUGAUAAAUGUGGAUGACGAUGGUAAUGAGUUGGGCUCAGGCUUGAUGGAGCUGACAGAGGAGGAGCUUAUCCUCCACACCAGGAAACGGGACACUGUCAAGUGGCCUUACCUCUGUCUGCGUCGCUACGGUUACGACUCCAACCUCUUCUCCUUCGAGAGCGGGCGACGAUGCCAGACUGGACAGGGUAUCUUUGCGUUCAAGUGUGUGAGGGCAGAGGAGAUGUUCAACGUACUGCAGGACAUCAUGCACAACAACAGCAUCAGUGUGGUGGAGGAGCUCAACCCCGUAGAGACGACCGAGCUGUCCCGCAAACCACACACUGCUGCUGCUGGCUACUCUGUACCCACGUUACCAAACGGUACAGGACGCUACCCAUCGUUUGGUGAGGCCUCGUCACGCCCUUCUAGCCGACACCCGUCUGUAGGCAGCGCCAGGCUGCCCUCCGUGGGAGAGGAGUCAUCACACCCCCUCCUGGUCUCAGACCAGUCGGUCCACACCUACGUCAACACUCCUGGUAUACAGGAUGACCGGCGCACUCGCCCCAGCAGCCACACCGCCUUGGAACUGCGGCUGUCCAAUCCGGAGACGACCUCCUCGCUAGCCACCGCCCCUCCGUCUCCCACGGAGACAGACAUGGAUACGGAGCCUCAGGUGCUGCUGCAGCCAGAAGGGGUUAAAUUCAUCCUGGGUCCCACCCCGGCUCAGAGGAGGCAGAACCCUGGGGAUGACGACGGGGAGGCUGGGUCCAGACGUUCUGGGGAUGAGGACGGGGAGGCUGGGUCCAGACGUUCUGGGGAUGAGGACGGGGAGGCUGGGUCCAGACGUUCUGGGGAUGAGGACGGGGAGGCUGGGUCCAGACGUUCUGGGGAUGGAGAGAUGGCGCUUGGGGUGUCUGGGUCUAACGGGGAGCCCAGCUUGACAGCUCCCUCUGGGGUUCUGAACGGGAAUGGGAAGGGCUGUGUGGUGGGCGCCACCCUGGGUCUCCAGGCAGGAGACUGUGACACGGGCUAUGACAGUGAUGAACGCAAAGACGGCCCCCCUCCCCCUCUUCCUCCUAACCCAAACCCUCCACCUCACCCAGGGCCCAAACCCAGCACCAUCUCCACCUAUGAGCACCACAACGGCAACAUCACCCAUGCUUACGUCUCCACCCCUGUUCCAGCCCCCAACCCCCGGCGUAACCGCCCUGCCGCCCCCCUCCCUGACUCCUCCCACAAUGCCAACAACUCCGCCCAGCGGCGCACGGCGCUCCUUAACUACGAGAACCUCCCGGCGCUGCCGCCGGUGUGGGAGACCGCCAGGCGCUUCUCCGAGGGAGACGAGGAGGAUGAAGAGGAGGUGUAUCACGGAUAUGGAACAAAGACGCCCACCCUUAACGGCUACCACAACCACCACCACCAUCCUCAUCACCUUCAUCACCAUGGUCUGGGUCUGGACCCCAUGCACAACUACGUCAACACAGAGAAUGUAAACGUUUCGCUCAGCGCCAAGCUGGACUCUGCGCGGAUCCUUCCGCGGGGGCGGGACUCUAGCGGCCUCUGUUUGACUCCCACCGUCUUUAACUUUGACUUCCGGUCGGGGCGACUGGCGGGUGGACCGUGUGGGUUGGAUCCCCUGAGGCAGCUGAACUACAUUGAGUUGGAGAUGGAGAAGGGUUCAGACUCCAGUGGGCCGCAGACACCCAAGACCCCCACCACUCCCUGUGGCGUCGGCCUGGGCAGUCUCCUCCUCCCCCCCUCCACCCCCACGCGGCGGACCGAACUGUACGCCAUGAUCGACAUCGAGCGCACGGCGGCCAUGUCGAGUCUUCAGAAAGCACUUCCCCGUGACGACGGUACCUCCAGGAAAACCAGACACAACAGUACUGACCUUCCUAUGUGAACUUCACCACGCCCCUACCAUACCUAGCCUACCAAGCACUGUCUGGAUCUCAAAUGGAGCCCUAAUUCCCUAUAUAGUGCACUACUUUUGACCAGGACUAUUCAUAAAGUGUCUCAGAGUAGGAGUGCUAAUCUAAGAUCAGUUUGACCUUUUUAGACAGGAAGGAAUCUGAUGACCUGGACGGGGGGGGGGAUCUGAUCCUAGAUCAGCCCUUCUACUCCGAGAUGCUGAGUGGAUAACGACCCAGGGCCCAGAGGGUUCUGGUCAAAAUGAGUGCAUAACGACCCAGGGCCCAUAGGGUUCUGGUCAAAAUGAGUGCAUAACGACCCAGGGCUCAGAGGGUUCUGGUCAAAAUGAGUGGAUAACGACCCAGGGCCCAUAGGGUUCUGGUCAAAAUGAGUGCAUAACGACCCAGGGCCCAGAGGGUUCUGGUCAAAAUGAGUGCAUAACGACCCAGGGCCCAGAGGGUUCUGGUCAAAAUUAAUGCAUAACGACCCAGGACUCAGAGGGUUCUGGUCAAAAUGAGUGCAUAACAACCCAGGGCCCAGAGGGUUCUGGUCAAAAUGAGUGCAUAACGACCCAGGGCCCAUAGGGUUCUGGUCAAAAUGAGUGCAUAACGACCCAGGGCUCAGAGGGUUCUGGUCAAAAUGAGUGCAUAACGACCCAGGGCCCAGAGGGUUCUGGUCAAAAUGAGUGCAUAACGACCCAGGGCCCAGAGGGUUCUGGUCAAAAUGAGUGCAUAACGACCCAGGGCCCAGAGGGUUCUGGUCAAAAUGAGUGCAUAACGACCCAGGGCUCAGAGGGUUCUGGUCAAAAUGAGUGCAUAACGACCCAGGGCCCAGAGGGUUCUGGUCAAAAUGAGUGGAUAACGACCCAGGGCCCAGAAGGUUCUGGUCAAAAUGAGUGCAUAACGACCCAGGGCCCAGAGGGUUCUGGUCAAAAUGAGUGGAUAACGACCCAGGGCCCAGAAGGUUCUGGUCAAAAUGAGUGCAUAACGACCCAGGGCCCAGAGGGUUCUGGUCAAAAUGAGUGCAUAACGACCCAGGGCCCAGAGGGUUCUGGUCAAAAUGAGUGCAUAACGACCCAGGGCCCAGAGGGUUCUGGUCAAAAUGAGUGCACUACGUAGGGAAUAGUGUUCCAUUUGGGACGCACCCACUGUCGUCUUCUUCAGUUGCACCUUGACCUGACCGUUGUUGAUGUUGUUGUUGAUGUUGUUGUUGAUGUUGUCAUACUUUGUUAUACCUCCAAACUGAAUGAAAAAAAAACAAACAUUUGAAGACAGAAGGGCUAUAGAUUUGUUGCAAUAAAUGUAAAAAAAAUGAUUUUAAAAUGUCUUAUUACUUCACAAGGAGUUACACUGUGUCCUGAAAGUAGCCUGGUCCCAGAUCUGUUUGUGCAGUCUGUGUCAUGACAAGGAGUUACACUGUGUCCUGAAAGUAGCCUGGUCCCAGAUCUGUUUGUGCAGUCUGUGUCAUGACAAGGAGUUACGCUGUGUUCUGAAAGUAGCCUGGUCCCAGAUCUGUUUGUGCAGUCUGUGUCAUGACAAGGAGUUACACUGUGUCCUGAAAGUAGCCUGGUCCCAGAUCUGUUUGUGCAGUCUGUGUCAUGACAAGGAGUUACGCUGUGUCCUGAAAGUAGCCUGGUCCCAGAUCUGUUUGUGCAGUCUGUGUCAUGACAAGGAGUGGCAUGAUGGCACAAGCAGACUGGUACCCAGGCUAUAGUGAAAGCUGACCUGAAAGGGGAGCGACGGUAGACCAGGUACACACCAGUAUAACACUAUUUUAUUCCUGAGGUCAUUUGAUACCUUAUUAAAGAAGGAGUGAAACACCUUCUAGCCUGGUCCCAGAUCAGUCUGUGCUCUUGUCUACUCCUUUGCUGUCAUUGUCAAGCCAAACAAUGAGUGACAGGGCGUUGGCAUGACGGCACAAACAGACCCAGGCUACCUUUUUAAUUCCAAGUGCCUGUGUAAGUUUAGCUUGCUGGUGAUGUGCCAAACAGCGAGGUCUCUUUGAAUGACGGACCUCCUCACCAAUCUCUCUUACGGAUCCCUUCUAGUGCUGAUUAUAAACUCAAACGGUGUUAACGUCAACACUCAUGUGGGUGUUUGAAGCUGACGUCCAUGUUGCCCUGAUGUCUGUGGACUCCUAUGGUGUGUAACGUUAGUGGGCCCACCAGGGUUGGGGCUCAAUUCCAUUUCAAUCCAAAGUCAAUUCAGGAAGUACACUGACAUUCCAACUCUCUUCAAUGCUUUUCAAUGAGGAAAAUAUGGAAUUGGAAUUUUGGUUUACUUUCUGAAUUGACGGAAUGGAAUUGACCCCAAGCCUGGAGUCUUCGGCCAUGUCUCGGGGGGUCAACGUCUUGGUACGCCACAGUCACUUUAGCCACUACUAAGUACAGACAGAUGGCGUGUAUGUAUAAAUGCCAAAUGAUGUCGGCCACAAGGAAGCUGUAAUAAUGUGUUUGUUCAUGCUGGCUGUACUGAAAGAACCCAAGUCAUUCCGUUGGUGGUGUUGUGUGACAUCAUCAUGUUCCAGGUUCCAUCAGGGUUGGGGUCCAAUUUACUUUAAUAUUCAGUCAAUUCAGAAAGUCAAUUGGAAUUCCAGUUUUGCUUCCUGGAUUGACAGAACUGAAAGGGAAUUGACUCCCACCCAGCAAACAAUAGUCCAUCUGUACAGGGCCCCCUGGUGGUUGUUGUAGAAUGUCUUAGUUCAGUCUGAAUUUUCCUUCCACACGUUGUUGUGAACGAGGAAAACAGACAAGCACAGUGUUUACCACACAAUGCUGUCCGUCAGCCAUGUUUCAUAGGAGGAGAGUGUGGGUUCCAAAGUUGUAUCUUCUGUUACCUGUUCUCUCAUUGUAUCAUAUUGUACAAAUCAUUAUUAUUGGGUUCUAACUUGCAUUAUAUUUUUUUCUACCUACAUUUUGAAAGAGUUCAUAAACUAUAGGAAUUGUACAAAAAGUAGUUGAAUAGAUAUUGUUUAUUAAAGAAAUGAACUGUUAGUGGAAAAAAUUGGAUUAUUUGCCAAACUCCUUUUUUCAAUUGUAGAAUAUGCUGAUUUUCCCGGAGUUCUAGAAUGGGUUCCGUUGGUUCCAUUUACGAUGUAAACAUUCCUUAUUUCCUGUGUUUUGGUCUCAGAACACCAGACACUAUAAAGAACUAUGAAGUGAAUGAAACAAUUCAUGACUCACUGGGCACAGACGUCAAUUCAACAUCUAUUCCACGUUGGUUGAACGUCAUUUUGUUGAUUCAACCAGUCAGAGCCCAUUGGGUCUUCUGUUUAAAAACAGAAUGACUUCAUAUUGUACAGACUUUACAUUGGGGGGGGGGAUGAUUUUGAUAUUUGCAUUUUUCUGUUCUGGAAAUAUGUGUUUACCAGAAUGUUAGUAUUUUUUGACCAGAGGAAAAACCAUACUGUGUAUUUAGAUGUGUACAGCAAUGUUCAUACAUAUUCCAUCACUGCCAACAACCCCCUGUGUUUUGUAGCAUGGCAAAAUGAUCAUUAAAAAAUGGAACUGUGUUGUC